ACCCGUGAUCCCUCUGCGGCCGAGCGGUUUCCGGGUGCAUCGUAACAGCUCCCGUACUCUCUCUACCGCGCUCAUUUCCGCCAGGAAGCUCCGGAGGACAGAGAACGCAGGCGGAUUCAAACUCGAACGGUCACCGGCAGCAAUGUGGGGCGCUCGCGUGGCGCAGGGGCUGCGCAGCUUCAGCACCUCGGCCGUCGUCCGCGGCCACUACGCCGAGGGGCCCGGCAAGAAUUUGCCUUUCUCUGUGGAGAACAAGUGGAAACUAUUGGGAAUGAUGGUGAUAUUCUUCGGCAGUGGUUUUGCAGCUCCGUUCGUGUUAGUCAGACACCAACUGCUUAAAAAAUGAAUUCAGUGCACUUCCAGCUUGACAGGCAAGACAUCUGCUAAGCAGUCUAUAUUUCCCAUGUGAAAGUUAAUAUAAAUCUUUUCUUUUCAUGAGAUGUAUUGUAAAUAAAGUAUUACCUAAUUGAAA